UCAGCCGCUGGGCAUGGCACUGUAAAGUGUAAACAGUAAACAUUAUAUUUUCGCUAUAUCAAAAAUUAUACAAAGUUUAAAAUAUCUACUGAUACUACUAUUGAAACUUUACUAAACAAUAAACAUUAGAAUUCGAAUAACCCAUGGCAGUUACCAACUAUGAUGUGAUUGACUCUCAAAUAUUAGCCGAAAAUGUUUCGUUUUUGGAUAGCUGCUUCGAUAAAUCCUUUACUGUUUUAGGCAGUUCCUUAAAUGAUGUAAAAUCAUAUAUGUCAAAUGAAGAUAAAAGCACCAGAAAGAAUCCCUAUUCCUCAUGUAAGUUAAAUAAAUCGUUGCAAGCAGUUGAAACUCAAUCCAGUAAUAACGCGAACACUACACUAUCGCCAUACAUAGCCAUUAGUAAUGGGGAAUACAAACGAGAAUUAAAAAACUGGGGACUCCCGUCAGAGAUUGUUACAAAGUAUGAAUCGAAAGGUAUAAAUCGAAUGUUUGAAUGGCAAGUAGAAUGCCUUAAUAACCCAAGAGUAUUAUUAGAAUGCUCUAAUCUAAUUUACUCAGCCCCUACAUCUGCCGGAAAGACAUUAGUUGCAGAAAUUUUGACAAUUAAAACCAUACUUGAGAGGCAAAAGAAAGUCAUUAUUAUUCUGCCUUUUGUGUCAAUAGUCAGAGAAAAAAUGUUUUACCUUCAAAACAUACUCUCCAGUUCUGGUAUAAGAGUUGAGGGUUUCAUGGGAUCUCAAAGUCCUCCUGGUGGCUUACAAGCGGUUCAUGUUGCAAUUUGUACCAUUGAGAAAGCAAACAGCUUAGUAAAUAAGUUGUUAGAUGAGAAUAGCAUUUCUGACUUAGGUGCAAUAAUUGUGGAUGAACUCCAUUUACUUGGUGAUACUCAUAGAGGAUACAUAUUAGAAUUACUAUUAACAAAAGUUAAAUAUGUCUGUACAAAGUUAGAUGAUGUACAUAUACAGAUAAUAGGGAUGUCUGCUACACUUCCUAAUCUUGAUGUGUUAGCUAAGUGGUUAGAUGCUGAAUUAUUUGUAACUGACUUUAGACCAAUACCCUUAGAUGAGUAUUGUUUGGUUGGCAAUAAAUAUUAUGAUAAGAAUGGAGAGUACACAGAUAAUGUAGUGCAGAUUGAAAAUGUUGAUGAAAGUGAUGUUGUUCUUGGUAUUUGUUUGGACACAAUAAGAAACAAUUGCUCUGUUUUAAUAUUUUGUAUGACAAAGAACAGAUGUGAAAAUCUUGCCCAGAGCAUUGCCUCAUCAUUUUUUAAGCUGGGCUGCAGUGGAAAUGAAAUUGGUAAUAUUUUAAGGGAACAGCUCAGAACUGACAUUAUUGCAGAAAUUUUAGAACAACUCACAAAUUGUCCUGUUGGUUUGGAUCAAGUUGUUAAAAAUACAAUUUCAUUUGGUGUAGCCUACCACCAUGCUGGACUUACUUUUGAUGAAAGAGAUAUAAUAGAAGGAGCAUUUAAAUCAGGGGCUAUAAGAGUUUUAGUUGCAACAUCAACAUUAAGUUCUGGUGUCAAUUUGCCUGCUAGGAAAGUGAUAAUUAGAUCACCUGUCUUCCAGAGACAGCCUAUAAAUAUACAAACAUAUAAACAAAUGGUUGGGAGGGCUGGUAGAAUGGGUAAAGACACUAAAGGAGAAAGUAUUCUAAUAUGCAGUCAAGCUGAAAAAAAUAUAGGAUUCAGUUUAAUAAUGGGGCGUUUAGAUCCAGUUAGAAGCUGUAUAGAAACUGAGGAUAAAUUUAUGAGAGCUGUGCUUGAAAUGAUUGCUAGCCAGUCUGUGUCUACUAAGUCAGAACUUCUACUUUAUUCUAAAUGUUCAUUACUUUUUGCUCAAGAAGAUUGCUUAUCUUCCCAGAAUAAUUUAUUAGAUAAAAGUUUGAAAGAUUUAAUCAACUAUGAACUGAUUCGUAUUCAGACAAUUGAUGAAGAAAGUCAUUAUGUAGCAACAUCAUUAGGAAAAGCUUGUCUGUCGUCAAGUAUGGCCCCAAAUGAUGGCCUGUCCUUGUUUUGUGAGCUGCAGAAGGCACGUCAGUGUAUUGUGUUAGAAACAGAAUUGCAUUUGAUAUAUCUAGUAACUCCAUAUAGUGUAAGCAGCCAGUGGGUUGAUAUAGAUUGGAUGCACUUAUUUACAUUAUGGGAAUCAUUAACAAAAGCUAUGAAAAGAGUUGGCGAACUUGUUGGUGUAAAAGAAAGUAUUAUUGUUCGUUGCUUGAGAGGUUCAAGUAAAAGUGUGAGUCAAAGCACUUUGAAUAUACAUAAAAGGUUUUACACUGCUUUGGCGUUACAAGAUUUGGUUAAUGAAAUACCAUUAUCAGAAGUGUCCACCAAGUUCCAGUGUGCUCGUGGUUUUUUACAAGGACUUCAACAAGCUGCAGCCACAUUCGCUGGUAUGGUGACAGCUUUUUGUCACCAGUUGGGGUGGAAAAAUAUGGAAUUACUCGUAUCACAGUUUCAAGAUCGACUACAUUUUGGUGUACACUGUGAAUUAUUAGAAUUGAUGAAACUCUCCACUCUGAAUGGUGUAAGAGCUAGAACAUUGUUUGAUGCUGGAUAUGAAACAAUUUCUAGCAUUGCUUCAGCUGAUGUUAAUGAAAUAGAAAAUGUUCUUCACAAAUCAGUACCGUUUCAGAGUGAGAAAGCAAGAGAAGAAGAUGAUAUCAUCGACAUACGGAAGCGAAAUAAAAUAAGAAACAUAUGGAUAACAGGUUAUUGUGGAUUGACAUCACAAGAAGCCGCACAAAAUCUGAUUAAAGAAGCAAGAAAAUAUUUACAACUAGAAAUAGGUGUUACUGAAAUAAAAUGGGAAGAAAAGAAGAAUGACAGCAAAGAUAUUUUUAGAGAUAAUAUAAGUCAAACAUUAACAAAUAAAGAUGUUACUAAAACCGACCAAGUCAAGGAAGAGCAGACCAGUAUUGAAAACGAUAAAAUAAAAAGAAAUACGAAACAUGAUGAUGAAGGAAAUACUAGAAAUGAAUCGAAAGUAAAUUUGAAUGUUCUUCCAAAAAUUAAUAACACACAAACAACUGUUAACGAUGUACAUAUUGCAGUGAAUAUAAAAAAAGAGACUGUUUCAAAUACCGAUAUUAAAAGUAAUGAAAACAACAAUAGCGUAUUUGAUAAUUUAAGCAAUUUCAAAAGAAAAGAUGAUAUCUUUUGGGAUUCGUUGGCAAUAAAUGAUACAGCACUUAAUAAUAUUUCCAAACUCCAAGAAAGGACUAUUGCUAUAUCAUUGAAAGCCGAAAAUAUAAUUAAUGAAUGUAAUGAUCAUAGUAAUGAACUUUGUAACAGCAAGAAAAGCUUGAAAGAUAUAAGUAUAUUUUCAUCUGAUGGAGAUAAUUCAAGCCUAUUUGAAGACAGCUUGGUUAUAGAUUCAAUACCAAAAACUGUAGUGGAUAAUAAAGAAGCUUUAGCAGAAACUACAGCAACCUCGAAAUAUAUUACUAAUUCAAUUUUAGAUGUAUUUAAAAAUACUAUAAUUGACGAAGAUGAAGACUUCAAAUUGGUUUAUGAAGAUGAUCAUGAAGUCCAAAAGAUAUUUGAUAAAGAAAUCUAUGCGGGAAAACAAAUAAAACUAACUCAAAAAAAUCCACAAGUAAACCAAGAAACACAUUCAUUGAUAAAAGAUUUUGUCAGUCCAUUAAAACGAACUCAUAAUUUUGACAGUACAAAUCAGACUGCAGCUAAAAAGAAAAAAUCAAGAAAUGGCUUACAAUUAACGAAAAACACGAAUUUCACUCUUCAUUGCAAAGAUUCUAAAUGUUUUAGCAUGGAAAUCGAUAAAAUCAUGCUUGAAUGUUAUAUUUUAAGAGAAAAUGAUAUUAUAGACAAUUUAGAGAAAAUAUUCACAAUCGUGGAGACUGUUUGUAUUAUAAUGAUAAAAAAUAAACAAUCAGUUGUAAGUACAGAUGUAAUUGGUAGUAAUUUGUUCAAAGAUAAACUAUCCAAAACUGUAAAGAAAUGCAGUUAUGAACCAUUGAAUAUUUGUGGUCUAGUAAUUUAUAUUAACUCUGGAUUAUGUAUCUUUUUGGAUUUAGGCACUGUAAAAAACCGGCAAUCUUUAGAUCAGGCACUGAAUAAAGCUUUACUUACGUCAGGGUUGAAAAUAAUAAUGAAAUCAGUUAAGUCAAAUUUAUUAGAGCUGCAGAAAUGGUUAAAUUGUGAUUUUUCAAGCGCGUUUUUUGAUGUGUUGGUAGCAGAGUGGCUUUUACAUAAUGAAGAUGGAGUUACAAAUAUUCGCGAGUUGACUAAAACAUAUUGCAAACUAGACUUACUGAAGGCGAAAAUAACAGUUAGCAGCUCUAAGAAAAGUUAUAAUAGUCUGGACAAGUUUGAAGAAUCAUGCCUUAAGGCCUGGUGUGUCUUCACCAUUGCCAAAGAACAGGAGAAGUGUUUACUGGAAAAAUAUUUAUGUGUGCAAGACAUAAUACAAAUUGAAAAUCAAGUGUUGAAAAUAUUGUCUAACAGCGAGUACCAGGGCAUCACAGUAGAUAAGGAGUUGGCUUCGCAACUAUUGUUAGACUGCAAAAAAUCACAGGAGAUUUUACAAAGAAAGGCCUACCAGAUAUGCGGAUACCAUUUCAACUUCAACUCAUCUAAAGAUGUCGCAAAGGUACUUGGCAUUUACAAAGGGCGAAAAGUGAGUACGAAAAAAAGUGUUUUGGUUACUCAUAAAUCUACGAUCGCAAGCAUUGUUAUGUACUGGAGGAAACUCAACUCAAUACUUACGAAGACUCUAUACCCGCUCACGGAGAAGGCAUACAUCAGUAGCUCGAAUAAGGUCCACCCGUCCUAUACGAUGUACACGUGCACAGGAAGAAUUAGUAUGCACGAACCGAACCUACAAAACGUGCCCCGUACAUUCUCCAUUCCUGUCGAAUAUCUACAGGAUUCUGAAUCUUGUGGGGACGUCAUAGAGUUCAACUGCAGGAACAUAUUUCGAGCCGAGCCAGGAUUUGUGCUUGUAUCAGCUGAUUAUUGCCAGCUCGAGAUGAGGAUUUUGACGCAUUAUUGUCGUGACGCUGUGUUGACGAGGAUUAUGACGUCAGACGUGGAUGUGUUCACAUCGAUCGCUGCCUCGUGGGCUGCGGUCACGGAAGCUGAAGUGGAUGAUGAUCUCCGUCAAAAAGCGAAGCAACUGUGCUACGGUAUCCUGUACGGAAUGGGUAACCGCACGCUAGCCCAACACCUGGAGGUAUCCGAGAUGGAGGCAGCCGUCUUCAUGGACAGCUUCCACAGGACCUAUCCCGAGGUCGGCGUGUUCACGCGGAGAGUCGUGGAACAGUGCCGGUCCGCUGGUUAUGUGGAGACGCUGAUGAAACGGAGACGGUAUCUGCCCGAUAUUACCUCGCAUAUUGCGUGCAAGAAAUCUGCCGCAGAGCGCCAAGCAGUAAACACGACAGUCCAAGGCUCCGCCGCUGACAUAGCGAAGGCCGCUAUGUGCGCGAUAGACAACAAACUCUACACCUACAAACCUCACCUCAUUCUACAGAUGCAUGACGAACUCAUUUAUCAAGUACCCGAGUCUAUGAAACUAGAAUUUAUCCGCAGUUUGAAGGAAAUCAUGGAGACAACAGUGACAUUAAAUGUUCCUUUGCCGGUUAAGAUUCGGUCUGGUUAUACUUGGGGUUCGCUUGAGGUACUCAAAUUGUGAUAAUAUAUAAGAAUUUAUGCUGUGAUAUUGUAUCUUUAAAUUAUGUCGAAAUAAAAUAUUGUUUUUA